CAGUGAAGCUAGCAUAUAUGUAAUGCAUUCCAUCCCAGCUCUCCCGUGGCCCCUCCCACGGUCCCAGCCGACUGUGCCCAGGAUAACCCUUGUUUCUCCAGUUCUCCGGCUUCUCCGCAUCUUCUGUGGCCUGCGCCCUGCAAUGGAACUAUCUGAGUACGAAGCUCGACGGAAGAUCCAGAAUAGGGAAGCCCAGCGACGCUACAGACAGAAGCAAAAACAACGAGGAGCCGAUACGUCAAACCAUGACACCAACAGCGAUGAUCAUAACCGCGUCCCCGAGUUUGCUAAUGCCAACUCCGCUGAACUGCAAGCUGGGGCGGAGAGCCAUGAUUCAUUAGACGUUGACUUCAAUGAGCUUUUCCAAGAUUCAGAUUGGACCAUCGCGGCGUCACCAUCAGCAUGUGCCAACAAAACUGUCGACGAUAUCGACGCGUUGAGCAGGCCGCCCUAUUCGGCUCAUCGCUCACGAUCCGACAAUUAUGUCUAUCAACACACGCCAAGCGUCUCUGGCCCAACCCAUGAAUGGGCGCCUAGAAACCGAAGACCUUCUUUGCCCAAGACACACAAACUUAUACUUAGCAAGGUCGAUCGCAUAGUUCACGACCUGGACAGACUUUACGACUUUGGCGUUGACAUGCAGCUAAUAAGCCCUAACGACGAAUUAAAAUCAACAUUGACCAACGUCGAAGCGCUCUUCCACAAGUCAAUUCACAAGGCAGCGAGAGGGUAGAGCGUCGUUCCAGAUAAUUUAAAUUAACUGGCAUGCGGUCUUGUGUCUGAGAGCGCACACAGCCUGUCCAGCAAGAGCCGUGGUUGACCGUAAGCUACCGAGAGUAAUGAGAUGCUAAUGCUAUCAGAAAAAUCUUGGGUUUCAUCAGACUAUCCUCGACAUGUUCCGCCCAUUAUCACGUGUUUAGUUCAUUAGUCAAACGUAUAUAUAUGUAUGUAACUAGCGACUAUCAUUAUUGCUCUCGACAGCUUGUCUUCAAUUCCGU